AUGAAGAUCCCGGAGGCGUCACCUCAGAGCGAAAAUGACGGAGGCAGCAGCCAGCCCGAAAGAAGAGGUCAGCGCCAGGCGUUCCAUCGUGGGACGCGAGUUCCCGCUUGUCCACGGAAACCACACGGACGCUCCCGUGUGUUUGUCAAAGGCUGUUUAUUGAAGCUGCUGUGCUGUCUGGAGCGAGUGUGCAGAGUGGAGUGGUUUGUCUACGCUGCUCUCGGAAUGUUAAGUGCCAUUCUCAGCUUCCUUAUGGACUUGAGUGUAAGCAAGCUGCUGACAGCUCACAAUUGGCUUUACAACCAGCUGGAAGGCAACAGUCUGCUACAGUUCUUUUGUUGGACUCUUUACCCUACAUGCCUCUGCACCAUCUCAUCUUCCCUCUGCCACAACAUCUGCCCCUUUUCCACAGGCUCUGGACUACCAGAAGUGAGGACCAUGCUGAGCGGUAUUCAACUGCCGCAAUACUUAAAUCUCACCAAUAUGUUCACCAAGUUCCUGGGCCUCAUUUGCACGCUGGCAGCCGGGAGCACAAUUUUCAUGGGGAAAGUGGGUCCAUUUGUGCAUCUUUGCACCAUGAUGGGAAGCUACCUGAUUAAGCCCUGCUCCCAGCGACAAGCCACAAAGGAGAAUGCAGAUGGAGAAAUGUUGGUUGUAGCCGCUGCAGUCGGUGUCGCCAGUUGCUUCGGAGCACCCGUAAGUGGAGUGCUCUUCAGCAUGGAGGUGAUGUGUUCUCACUUUGCCAUGCGGAACUACUUUCCGUCUUUCUUCUCUGUGGCCUGCGGCACGUUGACUUUCCAAUUGUUGUCUAUGUGGAGCGGAGACAAAGAGACUCUUCAGGUGUUGUUUCAAACCAAUUUCCCCACGGCUUUCCCUUUCUUCCCACUGGAGAUUCUGCUCUUUGUUCUGCUGGGGCUGCUGUGUGGCGCUGUGAGCUGCUUGUACCUCUUCCUACAUCGCCUCAUGCUACGACUCAUCACUACAAACAUCAGCCUUGUAAAAAUCCUGAAAACAGAGAAAGUGCUGUACUCUGCUGUCGUCUCCUUCUCUUUGGCAUCGCUCACCUUCCCUCAGUCUGUGGGUCAACACAUGGCGUCCAAGUCCACCAUGAAACAGCUGCUGACUUCCUUACUGGACAACACACUGUGGAUAUCUCAAUCCCACAAUGCCUCUGUGCCACUCAAGACAGAGUGGGGCUUGUCCGGGUAUCCCGUUUGCCGAUCUCUGACUGUCUUUCUGGUCAUGAAGCUGUGGAUGUCAAUGCUUGCCUGCACUCUGCCUCUACCAGCGGGAUACUUCAUGCCUGUAUUCAUCUACGGGGCAGCUUUGGGUCGUUUAUUUGUUGAAGGAAUUGUUUACAUAUUCUCCAGAACACAGGAAUGGUCUUCUAUCAAUCCUGGGGGGUAUGCACUUGCAGGUGCAGCAGCCUUCUCUGGGGCUGUGACGCACACUUUAUCACCAGCUCUUUUGGUGCUAGAAUUAACUGGUCAGUUCAGCCAUGCUCUUCCCGUCCUCCUCGCGACUCUGCUGGCCAAUGGCGUCGCUCGCUCUGGCCUCCGCACGUCUUUCUAUGACGCUGUCUCCAUCAGCAAGAGGCUGCCACACCUGCCCUCUCUCAUCAUGGCACGACCCGGGAUUCUCUCCAUGGAAGUGGGACGCGUUUUGGGAUCGACACCAGCGCGACUCCAGAAAGCGGCUGGCCUGGAGGAGGUUCGACAUGUUGUCAACAGCAGCACCGAGACACAAAUCCCUGUGGUGGACUCACACGAUGUGCCGGUGUUGCUGGGCUUUGUCACGCGACCACAGCUGCAGACGUUCCUGCGUCAAUGCAGUGCUUCCCAGAGAUUGGAGCCGCAUCUGGACGAGGUGUGCAGCAUUCAACCGUCUUCUGCCCUUUUAUCUCCUCACAACACCAUUCAGGAGGUUUUCAGCAUCUUGAGUCUUGUUGGGGGUCAGACUGUUUUUAUCACUGAAAGAGGAAGGCUUCUUGGGUGGGUCACGUGGGCAGAGAUGAAGAGAAUUUUAGAAGACUUGGCCAAAGAAGUGUAA